UGAGGAGCUGGAGGGAGCCACAGAGCCGGAGGAGGGAGAGGAGGCUGUAGGAAUGCUUGAGCCCCUACAGAAGGUGCGGGCAGAUCCCCGGCUGACGGAGCUGCAGAGGGACGGGGGAGCCAUCCUGAUGAGGCUGCGUGCCACCCACAGCAGCAAGCUGGAGGGCCCGGGCCCAGCCGCCCUGUACCAGGAGGUGGACGAGGCCAUUCACCAGCUCGUGCGCCUCUCCAACCUGCACGUGCAGCGGCAGGAGCAGCGGCAACGCCUGCACCAACUGGAGCAGGUGCUGCAGUGGCUCUCAGGCCCAGGGGAGGAGCAGCUGGUCAGCUUCGCUGCACCCAGCGACUCCCUGUCUGCCCUGCAGGACACGGAGCUGCAAUUCCGGGCUUUCAGCACGGAGGUUCAGGAGCGCCUGGCCCAGGCACGGGAGGCCCUGGCCCUGGAGGAGGACACCACCUCCCAGAAGGUUCUGGAUGUCUUUGAACAGCGGCUGGAGCAGGCUGAGAGUGGCCUCCAUCGAGCCCUGCGGCUACAGCGCUUUUUCCAGCAGGCGCACGAAUGGGUGAACGAAGGUUCUGCUCGGCUGGCAGGAGCAGGGCCCGGUAGGGAGGCCGUGCUGGCAGCCCUGGCCCUGCGGCGGGCCCCGGAGCCGAGCGCCGGCACCUUCCAGGAGAUGCGGGCCCUGGCCUUGGACCUGGGCAGCCCGGCCGCCCUGCGAGAGUGGGGCCGCUGCCGGGCCCGCUGCCAAGAGCUGGAGAGGAGGAUUCAGCAGCAGCUGGGAGAGGAGGCGAGUCCGCGGGGCCACCGGCGGCGGCGGGCAGACAGCGCCAGCAGCGGAGGGGCCCCCCGGGGCCCCCACAGCCCCUCGCCCAGCCUUAGCUCCCUGCUGCUCCCUGGCAGCCCUGGGCCUCGUGCAGCCCCAUCCCAUUGCUCCCUGGCCCCCUGUGGGGAGGACUGUGAAGAGGAGGGCCCGGACGCGGCUCCAGAAGCAGAGGGUAGGCCUCCGAGGACCGUGCUGAUCCGAGGCCUGGAAGUCACCAGUACCGAGGUGGUAGACAGGACGUGCUCGCCCCGAGAACAUGUGCUGCUUGGCCGGGCUGGAGGUCCAGAUGGACCCUGGGGAGUAGGCACGCCCCGGAUGGAGCGCAAGCGAAGCAUCAGCGCCCAGCAGCGUCUGGUGUCGGAGCUGAUCGCCUGUGAGCAGGAGUACGUGGCCACCUUGAGCGAGCCAGUGCUGCCCCCAGGGCCCGAGCUGACUCCUGAACUGAGGGGCACCUGGGCCGCCGCCCUGAGUACCCGGGAGAAGCUUCGCAGCUUCCAUCGGACACACUUUCUCCGGGAGCUUCAGGGCUGCGCCACCCACCCCUUGCGCAUUGGGGCCUGCUUCCUUCGCCAUGGGGAUCAGUUCAGCCUUUACGCCCAGUACGUGAAGCACCAACACAAACUGGAGAAUGGUCUGGCUGCACUUGGCCCCCCAACCAAGGGCUCAGCGGAGAGUGGCCCCCCCCUGCCCCGGGCCUUGCAGCAGCCCCUGGAGCAGCUAGCUCGGUAUGGGCGGCUCCUGGAGGAGCUCCUAAGGGAAGCUGGGCCUGAGCUGAGUUCUGAGCGCCAGGCUCUUGGGGCUGCCGUGCAGCUGCUCCGGGAACAGGAGGCCCGUGGCAGAGACCUGCUGGCCGUGGAGGCUGUGCGUGGCUGCGAGACAGAUCUGAAGGAGCAGGGUCAGCUCCUACACCGGGACCCCUUCACCGUCAUCUGUGGCCGAAAGAAGUGCCUUCGGCAUGUCUUUCUCUUUGAGCAUCUCCUCCUGUUCAGCAAGCUCAAGGGCCCUGAGGGGGGCUCAGAGACCUUUGUUUACAAGCAGGCCUUUAAGACUGCUGACAUGGGGCUAACAGAAAACAUCGGGGACAGCGGACUCUGCUUUGAGUUGUGGUUCCGGCGGCGGCGUACUCGAGAAGCGUACACACUGCAGGCAGCCUCGCCAGAGAUCAAGCUCAAGUGGACCAGUUCUGUUGCCCAGCUGCUGUGGAGACAGGCAGCUCACAACAAGGAGCUCCGAGUGCAGCAGAUGGUCUCCAUGGGCAUUGGGAAUAAACCCUUCCUGGACAUCAAAGCCCUUGGGGAGCGGACACUGAGUGCCUUGCUCACUGGAAGAGCCCCAGAAACACUUGACUCUUCUGGAGAUGUGUCCCCAGGACCAAGAAACAGCCCCAGCCUGCAACCCCCCCACCCUGGGAGCAGCACUCCCACUCUGGCCAGUGGAGGGAUCUUAGGGCUGUCCCGGCAGAGUCAUGCCCGAGCCCUGAGUGACCCCACCACUCCUCUGUGACCUGGAGAAGAUGGAGAACUUGGCUGCAGUCCCUCCCGUCAGCACAUUUUGGGCCAGGAUGGCAGUGGGACAUAGUGGAGGACUGGAAGAGCACUGAAUUCCUUCUCUGUGCUCCCUGGACAGAGAGGAGGUCGCAGGACCAGCGUGUUUCCCUGCUGCUGUCCCUAGCUCUCUCCAGCCGGGUGCCUUCCUACAGGAACCAGCGUGGCCACACUUGCUUGCCUUCGUACCCUGGAGGUGGAGAAAUGAUCCCUCAUCCAGUCCUUCCCCAUCCCAGGCCACUGCCUACUCCCAGGACACUGCUCCGUGUCGGCCCUCCCCCAACAGCCUGCGUCCUCCCCUCCGUCCGGUGCUACCCGGACUCUU